AUGCUCAGUCAAUACGCAGAGGAGGUCAUGGGCAUGCUGGUCUUGCCCUCCACCACCAUUGGAUUGAUAGCGGAGCCAGAAUAUAACCCCCGAUGGGUGUUUCAUUCAACUGGCAAUAACUUGCUGGGGAUCCCUCCCUGGCCUGAGAAGCAACUGGCUAUUCUCAGUCAGGGCAAGAAUGUUUUGGGCUCUGACCCCCGCCUGGUGGUACGUCUUGUCAAUGACACCCGGACCCCCUGGGAUUUGACUCAGUUCUUCAGGCCUAAGCUAAGUCAGGCUGACCCUGGCAAGCGACCUCCACCUCUCCAAGAAACCCCAGGCCCUGCGACCCAGGGCGCAGAGACAGCCUGCCCUACUAUUAUCAACGAUUGCCCGGGGUGGCGGCGGCGGCGGCGCUCCACCCCACCCGCCAAGCCCGGGCCGGCCGCAGCCACACCCCGCCGGCUGGCCCGAGUCCCGGCCGGCCGGCCGGCGCUGCAUUUAAGGCGGGCGCCGCCGGCCCGGCGCGCUCAGUCGGCCUGGAGGACCUUCGCCGCUCCCGCCAUGCAGGUCUGGCUGGCGACGGCGCUCGUGGCUUGCUUGGCCCCGCGGGGCGAGGGGCGCGCGCCGGGAGAGCCCCCCGCCUGCCCCGGCCCGGCCGGCUGCGACUCCCCCGAGGCCGGCGGCCCCCAGCAGGCGCCCUGCGGCCGGAGGGGCUGCGGCGGCCGGGCGUCGGGCGAGCCGUGCGGCGUCUACACGGGCGGCUGCGCCCGCGGCUUGCGCUGCCUGCCCCGGCCCGGAGAGCGCGCCCCGCUGCACGCCCUGCUGCGCGGGAAAGGCCUGUGCCUGGCUGCGGGGGCCAAGGCGGCGGCGGCGGCGGCCCGCAGGAACCAGACGGAAGCCCAGCCCGGGCCCGGUGAGCGUCCCCGGGGCCAGCGGGAGCAGUUGGGAACAGGUGAUGUUUGGAAGGAGCCUCACCGGGCAGGUCAUUCGACUCAAGAACCCGUCCUCAUGCAGAGCCAGGACCCCAUGCCAGAGAUCAGCAUGGGCAACGUCCAGUUGCAGCAGCUCUCUUUGAGCAGUGAUACCAAACAAGAAUUUGAGACGGGCCCAUGUCGCAUCCGGCUGAAAGCCAUUUUGCAAGAGCUGAAGGCCCCGCUCUACUUGAGUGGUGAAGAUAUCUUCAUUCCUAACUGUGACACCAGGGGCUUCUACAGGCGGAAACAGUGCCGAGCAUCCAAAGGACAGAAGAGAGGCCAGUGCUGGUGUGUGGACAAGAGAGGCCAUCGGCUGGAAGGCCUGGAGGAAAACCCUCUGUGCCUGCUGUCAAGUAGUGACUGAACAGGUGGAAGGGACAGACUGUGUUCCGGCAGCAGAAACUUUGGACCAAGGACCUUCCUACUCAGAGUGUGUACUCUUAAUUUAUUGCAUGAUUGCCAUCUUGCAGGAAUCCUGGGUUCCCUGCCAUGACUUUGGAGCAGCUGUCUCCUCUGGCAACUGCCCAACAAAGGGCACAAGACCUGGGGCUGGCAACUCAGUGGCGGACGGGAGGCUUCCAAGCACAUGACUGAAGACACUUUGUCAAAUAAGCUAGCGGUGGUUGGGGUGCAAAGAUGCUCGGGCGCUUGAGCCGGCUUUUCCAUUGGGUGGAUACAAGUUUAGCACCAGGGAUGCCAUAGUAGCUAGAUGCUGAGUGUAGUGCUCAAGAUUGCGCUGGUGUAGAAGGCAGCACGGUGCCCUAAGAGAUGCAGAGAAAGAGGCUGCAUGUACAAAGGGAGAGGAAGGGAUUUGGCUUUGGCCAAUACUAGCCACCCUUCUAAGACACUAGAGACAACUGAGAAGAGGUGUGGUGGGAUAGGGCAGAACUUAGUGACCUGAUAGGGGGAUUCCUGGGAAACCCCAGUAAAGGAGCUGGUAUGGAAGGGGAAAGGAAUACCUAUCUAAAG